AUGGCGACCACUCAGGGUGUUCGCACUCGGCGACGGGCCCCAAGGAAAGACGAAUGGGAGCGAAUUGAACCAUAUCUGAAGGAUCUUUACAUUAAUCAGAGACUUCCACUAAAAAAGGUCAUGGAUAUCCUGGCGACAGGCCACAAUUUUCACGCAACAAUGCCUAUGUAUAAGCUCCGCAUGAAGAACUGGGAUUUGAGAAAGAAUUUCAAACUCGAAGAGCUAGAAGCUGUGGCAAAGACGACCGAGGCGUUUGUCCAGGCUGGCUUGAAGCCUCCAAAAGCCAGUGUCAACGACAGAGAUGUCCCGGAGACUCGGGUUAAGCGCCACUUUGGAGCUGCGUUUCAGCAGAAUGGCCCUCAAAAAUUGAAUAGAUCAACCGCUCCAACGAAAAGAGCCACGAGGUUGGAUCGUUACCCAAGGAAGAAAAUUGCCCGUCGACAAGGUCUUCCCAAAUUACCAAUGGUUCUCCUUCACCCGUCGGAGGAGAUGCAGGGUCUUUAUUCAACAAUGAUUCAAAUCAACAACUACUACCAAUGGCGCAUUACCGUGGGAUACGAUUACUUUUAUCAAAAGCAACGAAAGGAUCACGGACACAAUCAAACACAUUAUGUCUAUGAUAUAGAUGUUGUCCUUGACGCAAUGUCAGAUGGCCUGAAUGCGUUUGAUGCCGGAGCCUGGGAAUUAGCUCAGGCAUCAAUUAGUCAUGUCUGCGCAAAGAUACCAGACUUGUUCAGCCAACAACAUCCUGAUCUCAUUGUGACCCUAUUGCGACGAUGCCGGCACUGUUUUUCUGGUCGCACGUCUCUGUUACAAACCAGCCUCCUGUCCUAUCUGGCUGCUUUAGCCAGAAAGCUCCUGGGGGAGAUACACCCCGUUCCGAAGAUCCUGGAUCUGGCGAGGCGGCCUGGAGGCUUGGCCGAGUCUUCGCAUCGAAUAUUGGAACUUAUGCGCAAAAUCGCAAUCAAACAAGAGUACACAUGCUCAGACCGAGUGCUCCUUCUGGAAAGGCGGAUGGCGAGGACCUUGAUUGAGGAUGGCCAAUACCAUGCCGCCAAUGCAUUCUGUCAAGCUCUCCUACCACGCUACCGGAGUAUACUCGGUGAACAUCACAAACAAUACAGGGACUUCCUGCUUUGCUCCGCAAAAGUCCAUGCGCAUCAAGGUGAUUUGGAUGAAGCGGAGAGGGACCUUCUCUACUUGGUGAGCUUAGAUGAAUCUUUUGACGAGGAGUUGAGUUGGGUCACGGUCAAGGCCAUGGAGCUUCUGGCGAGUGUCUAUGAGUGGAAGUCGGAUCAUCAAGAUGCUGUAUGGUGGUAUCAAGAAGUCUACCGUGGUUAUGCCAUGCUUGACGGACCCGAACACUCCUCCAGUCAAUUGACAUUACAUUUUUUGAAGAUGGCGCAGGCAAAUUUACGUCGACAGACUGGAAAGUUUGAAACUUAUUCGGAAAGCUCAUCCAACGACGAAGAUUCAGAUGGAGAUGCUUCAGAGAUUAUUGCGGGUCUUCAGCAGAAGAUAAUGCUGCUGGAUUUGGAAGGAGCUAGAGGAGAGACGGUACGACCUGCGCCAUGGGAAGUGAAUAAUGCAAUAUCUGACGCCGUCGAUGGGAAAAUCGGCGUCCGAGAGCAUGAGAGGCGCAUUGACACACCGACCGACACAGACGAACCUGAAGACUUUCUUCAAGCCGAAAUUGGGUCCUCGAGUUGCGCUUCAUCUGCGCAUAUGGGAAGCAACGGGAUUAAUGAAAUGCUCGAAACGAAGAACGAGCCCACCAUACUUGACACUUCAGUUCCUAUGGAAGGUCUUUCCACAUAUCUUGGUUUCGACGACUUUGGCCGCGCAGGGAUGUAUGGGGAUAACCUCUCAAAUACUGGUAUGGGCAUCGACUAUGUUGGAGAAAUUCAAGACUCGAAACCCGUGGAAGAACCCUCCGUAGAUAUACCGGCUGAGGCUUUCGCAGCAGCCGAGAAAUAUAUCAGCUCUCUUCCGGUUCUGGAUGCCGAUAUUGACUUUGGCCAUUUCGAGGACAUCGGAGACAUGAACGGGGACCUUGACAUCGUACCUAUGACUCUCGACACAGAAAGCGGUGUCAAUAAUCUUGAUCUGGGCGCCUCUGGUUGCGACGAAAUGAAGGAUUGGUGGCCAUUACAGGGAGAGGAUAUCACAAUGCACUACGAGCAAUCGUUUUGGUAUUGA